UUGACGUGUUGCUGCUUCUUUGGUCAUGACAUUCGCGUUCAGUAUUUCGCCUCGAUCGGUUGUGCUUCGCUCCACGCGCAUAGUGAGAGAUUUUUUCGGCUGUAUUUGUUGGCGCUGUGCUCUUUCCUUUAGGCUCGUGCUGUAGAGCCAGCGAAACGGUUUACCGCGCUUUGUGAAUGUAAGAGUGGGACAACUUCGGCGGGCCCCCGAAUAAUUUACCGUGGCAUUUGCCACACUAAUGUUGGAAAACCUAAUGAAGUGAAAAAAUUUGUGUUUUCAAUGCUGUAGCUGUUGUCGUUGCCGAGUGGAAACAGACAGCAGGAGCACAAAGGCUCCGUCAAAGCUUUGAUUUGCUCCAAAGUGAAAAUUGCAUAGCAACCGCAGCAACCGAGGAAAGCAGCAGCUGUGACGCUGACUGGUGUCAAGAGAGAAGACCCAGCUAACCUCCUGGGGAUCGCGGCUCGGAUUAGUGGCACACUUACCCACAAUCACCGCAGUACAAAUACAUCAAGACAUACACACGAAGACAUACACCGAACACCAACGAACGGAGCCCGGAGUUGUCCAACUGCCUUUGCCCAUGGAUCCGACUCCCAACAUGCUAAAACAGCUCCUGCUGAAGAACCACCAGGAAGCUGUCCUGCAGUCUCAUCUGCCUCUCAAGUCUCCGGCCUUGUCUCUCUCUGCCGGUCCAAUGGCAGACAGCAGGGAACGCAUUCGUGGCCCCUCGCGGGAUGGACGCGAGUUCCUCACUAGCCCGAGGCAGGUUCUACGCCGCCUGAUGCUUCUUUCCGAGGGAAGACAGUACCGCGAAGCCGCAGGAGUCGUCGGAAGGUUGGGUCCCUCUGUCCUACGCUCGGUAAUUGCCGAGCUGCCGCUCGACCUGCUGCUGGAGCAUCUGCCACAUAGUGCCUACUUGCUGGAGUCCUUCUUCACAAGGUUGACCACCCUAAACACAACUCCCAAGCCGGAUGUUCCUAGCGAGACCGUGGCCUGGCAGCUUGUCCGGCUCUUUGCAAAUCCCCACGAGUCCGGACUGCGACAGAGAUGCACCAAGCUGCUCCAGGCUUUGGCGCAAUACGAGCCCAAUCUCCGACAAAGCUUGCGCGAGCGGCGCCGCAGCUUCGACAAUGCUGUGCAGGGAUUGGGGGUGCACGGGCUGACCACGGAUGCCUCGGGGCAGCUUAUCUCGCUGCACGUGGCUUUGAAGACAGAGCUGCAGCGACACGUCGAGACCUAUAAGAUGGCUAUACACAAGCUGGAGGAACUGAGCAUGGUGACGAUCAACCAGGAUCCGGCCCAUUCCUCCCACCAGCGCCUCCUGGCCAUCAACUACGGAGACAUCCAGCAGCGGCUGAUAGACAACAAAACGCUGCUGACCAUGUUGGACAAACCCACGCUAAAGCAACUCCAAACGCUCGUCGAGAAUCUCAGCACCCGCGUAGAGAACGACAAGGAAGUCCUCUCCUGCGUGGGACAGGUGAAGCGCCUAGACGCACAGGCCAACGUGGAGAAGCGCCCAGCCGCCGGUCUCCUGAUGAAUUUCUCGCGCGGAUGCGAGGUCGUCCUACACAUGAUGGGGCCGGAGAGCGUUCCACCAAAUCCCUUGGCCAUAGAAAAGGUCCCCGUGACUGCCGGUGGGAGCAGCUGUAGCGAUGGCUACCACUCGGACGACUCCGCCAGCGAUGACGGCAGUGAAAUGGUGUCGCUCUAUCGAAAUCAGUACAUAGAGAACCGAGCAGAUGCCCUAGAGGCGUUGGACAGUCUGCCCCAGCUGAAGCACGCGCACAGUCUGAAGGGAAAGAUACUCUUCUCCAUGAUCGUGCUUUCUUUCCGCCUUUGCCACGCGAUGCGGGAGCGGAAAGUGAUGGAGGUGCGCCGGGUCCUUAACUGCGCACUAGACAGCAGCAGCGAAUCGACCUUGGCCCUGGAUCGGGCUGUGCGCCACCAUCUGCACGAGACCACGGACAGUUUUCCCCUAGGCGAGAUUGAGCGGUCCGUCUUCAACCAGGUUUUAUCCACACUUCACGAGUACCCAUGCCUGGAAUCGUGUCCCCCACUCACCCACUAUGUGAGCGCCUGUGUACGGCUGGCUUGGCGCAUGAUCAACCAGAAGGCUCCCUAUUAUCUGGACAUGGACUUCAGUCUGGGCUUCCUCCGGCCCGAGAAGCACGAACGUCAUCCGAAAUCUGACCGACGCUCGGACCUUAUUAAGGCCUUCCUUUGGCCGGCGCUGAUGCAGAAUAACCAGUGCGCCUUCAAGGCAGUAGUGGCCACCUGAGGUCCGGGACGGAACAAACCAUACCCAACUUAUCUUAAGAUACUUUUACACAAUUUGUACAUAUUUCAACUCUUACUUAAUAAAGAUUAACUCUAUCUAAGCAUA